AUGUCUUCCCCUGCUGAGUUUUACAAGUCACUUCCACCGAUAAGUAAAGCGUAUGGGACAGCAUGUUUGUUAACUACUAUUGCAUGUCAAAUUGGGUUGCUCCAGGUUGCUCACAUUGCAUUGCUUCAUGAGCUAGUGAUCUUUCGGUUUCAGGUGUGGCGCCUGAUUACAAACUUCUUUUUUCUUGGCACAUUUUCUAUCAAUUUCGGGAUUCGCCUCUUAAUGAUAGCAAGAUAUGGAGUCCAACUGGAAAAUGGACCUUUCCAAAGACGCACAGCAGAUUUCUUGUGGAUGAUGAUUUUUGGAGCUUUGUCACUAUUGGUAUNGUUAAAAUUAUUGCAUAAAAGAUGUUUUGUGUUUCUUUCUUCACUCAAUCUCAUCUUUCUUUCUAGUGGCCUCUUUGCCUUGUCCAUUAGCAUUCCCCUGUUUUAUCAGUUUCUUCACUUCAAGUCUUAUUUCUUAGGGGUAUCACUUGUUUUCAUGCUUCUAUAUGUCUGGAGUAGAGAACAUCCAAAUGCCACCAUCAACAUAUACGGCCUUGUGUCUCUCAAGGCAUUUUAUCUACCAUGGGCCAUGCUCUGCUUGGAUGUUAUUUUUGGUUCUCCAAUUGUGCCAGAUCUUUUAGGAAUUAUUGCCGGACAUCUCUAUUACUUCCUGACCGUGUUGCAUCCAUUGGCUGGUGGGAAAAACAUACUGAAAACUCCAGUUUUGAUACACAAACUAGUUGCACGAUGGAGAAUUGGAGCUCCGGCUAAUUACUCCUCCCAGCCGGAAAGAACUUCUGGUGGGGCAUUCAGGGGAAGAUCUCACAGACUUGCUGGAUAA